CAUCUUCUCGACCAAUGCUAAUUAAUUAUCGUAAUUAACUAUUUAUUUAAGUAUUAUUAUUCCCCUCUCUCUCUCUCUCUUCCUCUCCGGCUGGCCAAAGGCUUUCACCUUCUUCUCUCGGCGCUCCACGCAAUCUCUUUUUCUCCUGCUUUUCUUUUACUUCCAACUGUUUUUGUUUCAGAUUGUGUUUGGGAAAUUAGAGAAUCUUAGGAUUCUCUAUGGAGAUUGAUGUGUUUUGCAGUGGUUAGAACUUAGAAGUAGGGUUUUUGAUAAGAAGGUUGGACAUGUUUGAGGAAAGAAGAUAAGGUUGGUAUCUGUUUUGUAUGUGGGAAUGGAUUUACAUGGAAAUCCUCAGGGUGAGUAUGGAAGAUUUGAGCAGAUUCUUUCUCAGUUUCUUUUGAAGAGUUUGCAUAUAAUAUUGGAUUCGAGGGUUCCUGUUCCUUCUAUCCGAUCUUAUGGACAUACCAGGGAAGUGAAAAAGAGUGACAAGUGGUUCAAUAUAGUGUUGGGAGAUCGUCCUGCCGCUCUUGAUAAUUUGAAUUUUUGGCAUAGAAAUUUGAUGGAGCCUAUGAUUAUUGAUAUUAUACUUGUUCAAGACAAGGCCAAUUCUUCAGCAAAGCAGUAUUCAGGUACCACAUUAGGGGAUACAUUCACAGAAACUGUUAUAGAGAGGUGGGUUGUUCAAUAUGAGCAUCCGAGGAGUUUGCCUCCUCAAGUCGGUGAUUCUUCUUACAAGAAAACAUACAAGAAACUAAUUAUACUUUUACGGUCCCUUUAUUCAAUGACAAGGCUCCUUCCAGCUUAUAAGGCCUUCCGGAAACUAUCUUCUUCUCAGAGUUGUGAUUUUGAUCUUAAUUACAAGGUCUCUUCGUUUUCUGUUCCAUUCUCUAGGGCGGAGGAACCGUUGAUAAAACAUUAUUCUUUUAUUCCCGUUGAUGCUCAACAUGGUUGUUUUUCUUUAUCUUUGACAUAUCGUGAAAAUCUCUCUGACUUCAACCUGGAGACUUCUGCAUGUUUUCCUCCAGAGAUUAUUACAGAUUAUGUUGGUAGUCCUCUCGCUGAUCCUAUGAGGUCAUUUCCUUCCACUUCAUCAGAGAAGGGUGUCCGUGCUACAUCAUAUCCACUAAGACGGUCACAAUCAUCUGCCUCAGGACCAUUUCAGCGUCCCCAUAGUUGGACAAGUGGCCUCCACAAGGGGCCCUCUUUAGCUCAGAAUGAACAAAGUCUAGGAUCUCCACCUCUGUAUCGCUCACCAUAUGACCUAUCAUCUCCACCUGUUAAUGUACAUGGCAGAAGGAUAUCAAACUCCAGAUUUCCCACUCACCAUAGAACAAUAAGCUCUGAAGAUUACCAGCUUUCACCACCAUUCUCAGCAUCUCCAUCUCCAUCACUGUCCCCUCCUACACACGUCUCACAUGGAAAUCCUGCAUUGUCUCGGUUGUCUUCAGAAACUUCCCCUGUCAAUAUCCCACACCCAAUGGCUAGCAGAAACUCUGGAUUCCCUUCUCCUAACUUUUCUGACCCAAACAGGCACUCACUUCCACCUCAAUCCCCCAGAAGCAUAAAGCAUGAUUCCUCACAUCAUGAAUUCCCUACUGGAAUCAGGUCAUUAAAGAAAUCAGAUUCAACAAGGGCUGGAGAGUCAAGUUCUGGGACUGCAAACCUGGGUCUGAAGGUGUUAAGAGAUGCCAAAGAUGAUUCAGGACGUUUCUCUGGUUUGCAUUCUUCAAGUGGUUCACCACGUAUUGGAUUCUCUAGGAGUUCUAGUAGAUUAUCUUUCCCAGACGACUUGGAUGACUAUGAUUUUUCUUGUCCAUUUGUUGUCGAUGAUGUUGAUUCCCAAGCCAGUCAAAACCUCAAUGCAAAGAAGGACUCAGAAUCUCCUUCACAAGCAUUCCUAGGAACCAGAAAAUCUCAAGAUGCUGCUGUUGGUGCGGUUAUUCAGAUGCUGAAGACAGCUCCUCCAUUACGCCAAGAUUCUAGCUGUUAUUCCCCAUCUUCUGUGAAAAUCGAUCCGGAGGGAGAAAUUGGUACUUCUUCCGGGUUUUCUGCUCCUCGAAAGAUUUCAGAUGCAAUGGAGGAUCUCAGAGCUUACAAAGAAUUAAAGGAUCUUCUUCUUUCCAAGAGUGCAACUCAGUCGGUCCGCAAGGCAGAUUAUUGAUUCUUAGCCUGCUGAGUUAUUCCAUUUGGCCAUGUGAGCUCCUAAUGGAGAUUACCAGACAAGAUUUUUUUAUAUAAGGUUUUGGCUAAAAUGGUGCUCUUGAUUCUUACUGUAAUUGGAUAUAUAGAUUAACCAAACUGUGUACAUACCUGACAAUGAAAAGUAGUCAUAGCAAAACUGGUGACCUUUGUACUCUGCAAUUUGCUGACAUCAACAACUACUGAAUGGAAUUAUUUGAAUUGUUUUAUGA